AUGUCAGAACAAGACGCAAGCAUCCCGCACUUCAUCUUGCUGGUCACCUUCAAUGCUGUAGCCGUUGGGGCAUUCACGGCGUCCAUGCCGUUACUACCCAUGAUGCUACCUGAUGGCUCACCAGUCAUCUUCUCAGCUAUUACCCUAAUUGCUUUCGCAAGCCCUUUUCUUAUUCUCAACCCAAUUUUAACAUCUGAACGUAUUAAGGCUUGUAUUCUCUCUGAAGUUCUCAUUUGCGGGGCUUGUAUUGGGACGGUUGGUAACAUGCUGCUGUCAUUCACUUUGCUAGUGGCUCAUAGGACCGCAACCGAUGCCUUUUUAGGCAAGUUCGUUUUGAGCCCUUCCGUUGCACGAAUAUGCAUCCCGAUUACGAUGGCCAUCAGCGGCAUUGGCGCUUCCAUGUCGCAUCUUGGGAUCGUGCGAUGGAUUGAGGAUAGCUUGCGAUCGCUAACUGAAUCUGUGAGGCAACUGGUUGUGGGAGAGCGUAUCGCUGCCUCAGAGCUCGCCAUCGGGCUAGGGGCAGCUGUUUCACCUAUCUUGUUUUACUGCGUCGCGACAACAAGACAAAGCGUUUUCGUUCCUUUUUUGAUUGCCGGGUGCCUUCAGAUGUGUCUUUCAAUACGAUUGUCAACUGUUCUUCGAAGUCCCACUUCAGGGACACCCUCUAGCGAUGGGAUCGCAUCCGAGUCAACCACCCGAGAAGGCUCCCAGUGGAUGAGCAGUGAGAGAUUUGCUAAUUCCGCGUAUGGCUCUAUUCGAGAAAAUGAUGAAACUAUCUUCAAGAUCUCCGAAGCGGAAGCGCUUCUUGACCUACAGGACGACCGAGAUCCAGGCGUAGGCCAUGCACUGCGUUUUCCAUGGGUCUGGAUAACACUUUUCCUUGCAGUAAUUGCGUCCUCAUCGACCUCUUUCUUGCGACCAAUCCUAGCUCCUCGGCUUCUGCAUGAGUUGCACGAGCCCCAAAUCGCUGUCGCCGCAAUUUUUUCACUUUGUACACUAACGGCUACCAUUGCUGAGGGGAGGAUGAUCUUGCUGAUAAUGGAUUGGCUCGGGAUCCGAAAUGCUGUUUUCGUAGGCCUUCUUGUUUGUUUCUGCGGCUUUCGAAUACUCCUAGAAGGAUCUAGGACAAUUUUCCCUGUGACUUUGAUAGUGCUCGGAUCAAGCACUGCUCUUACUUUGACUGUGUUGGAUUUAUCCCUGACAACGCACAUUCCAACCAACAACGCUUCGAACAGCUUAAACUUGCUCGCCGGUUUCGCUUUUUCUGUUGGUGAGGUGAUCGGAAUGCUUGUCGCUGGAUUGUGUUAUGAUGGCGGGGAUGGGUUCGUAGAGACUGCAUCGAAGUGGUAUCACUUCAUGUGUAUUGCAUAUGUGCUUGCCUUCAUCCCGUAUGGAAUUAUGUUGAUCUGCGAACAUGUAUUUCCUUCCGCGGCUAGGAGAGUGGUGUCGUAUAGAGUGCCGCUUUGA